GGUUGAGGUUCGGAGACAUACGACAGACACUGUCGGGAAAGUAUGAGGAAAGGCUGCCUUUUAUGCACAUAUAUGUCCCCCAGAGAUACCGUUCCCGCAAUCUGACGAUCAAUGAGCACCGACUCACUACUCCUUUCGACAUUCACUCAACGCUUAAGCAUAUACUCGAAGGUAAACCUAAUACUACUUUAAAAUAUGGGUUAUCCCUAUUAGAGGAGAUCCCAUACGACAGGAGCUGUGAUAGUAUACCCGUAUUAGAGCACUGGUGUGUCUGUCAUAUAAGUCGACGCAUACAUGACUUACACAGCGUUAGACCUAUGGCUGAGUUUGUGGUCACAAAACUCAAUGACUUACUGCACGAC